AUGAAGAUGAACUACACAUCUUGCCCUGUAUUUGUUCGAAAUGAUUUGGGCGAAGAAAUUGAUGUAUUUGGACUUAUGAAUUUGUCAAAAUCUGGGAAAGAACCUUUGUUGUUGUCUUUUAGCAGAUUUGCUGAUUUUUCUGAUGGAUUUGAUUUGGAAUUUUUUCGAACUUUUCAUUUUAGGUAUUACAAUGAAUCUCUAUUGAAUCAAAUAAAAAAUUUGGAUGUAAGAUGUGUUUAUGAAGCUAUUGAUUUUAGGGGAGAGCAAAGCGUUUUGAACUUGUGUAAUAUUGAUGAUUUAAGUGGUAUAAUCCGUCAUAAUGGUAAUCAAUUUAUAUUUGGCCAUUUGAAUGAAAAAUUAUAUUUUUUGCGAGAUUCUCCAAAUUGUGGUUUCUUUUCUUGUUUUUUCUCAUAUUAA